AUGGAAAAUUUUCAAGAUGCUUUGAACGACGAGGCCUUUAUUUUAAACGAAAACUCCACUCAUCAAGACAUAAGAUCAAAGACAGCUUUAAGUCCCAGGAAAAUCAGAUUCGAAGGUCAACAGUCAUAUGCUAAUACUGAUGACUACGAACUAGGAAUAUCUAAUCAUGGUUUAAAAUUUGAAGAUGAGGCAACAGAUCGUGAACCAAACAAUUCUGGACGAAUUAUUUUCGAAGACAAUGGUAUAAAAAACGUUGCAAGCACUGGCCUAAACUUUCAAGAGAAUGAAUCAGAAAAUGUUAAUCAUGGAGUACCAAGCUCAGGCCAACUAACUUUUCAAGAUGAAAACACUAUAGAGAGCCAUGGUAUCAAGAAGAAAAAAAGGCGUAAAAGACGAAAACCUAGAUUUCAACGACCUCAAAAUACAGGAGGUCCACUUUUAGGUCAACAGAACUCUGCUGUACCGUUCCCAGGUCUCCAAAACUCUAUAGGUUCCUUUCCAGCACCGCAUUACCCCUUCCCAAAUGUACCAUUAGGAUCCCCUUAUCCAGGACCUGCAUAUCCUGGAUAUGGACCUGUAGGAUAUCCUGGACAAUAUUACAGGCCUCAACGUCGUAAGCAACCUUCGUUUACCUCAGAAGCCUUUUCAAAAAUAACUGGAGCCCUAACAUCAAUAGCGCUUUACGACGACUACCAGUGCGUGCCGCGGCUGUUGUGCGAGGCUGCGGGAGGUGGUGCCUUAGGUUCUUCAGAAGUGUUACAGUCGGUGGCUGGACUGCAACCAUUGCUCACAUUGCUCUCGGCUUACAAUGGAAUCAGCAGCUCCCCUCUAUUCGUGUUCGGUCGCGCAGUAUUUCUCGGAAUGACAUCCAAAACGAACACAGCAGCCUGCCGAUACGCGUACCCCCAAUGCCCCACUGACCCCGAGAAACUGGUUCACUACCUCAACAAUCACAACGGAGGCUUUUUCAGAUUCUUCAAUUCACCCCAACAAAAUCCUCAAAACCUCGAACAAUUCUACCAGCAACUGAUGUUACAGGGGCAAUAUGGUGUUCAAAAUCCACAGCCAAACUAUGGCUACCCAUAUCCUCCUUCAACGCAAAAUCAACUAUUUCCUGAUCAACAUAAUCAACAGCCUUUAUCACAGCAGCAAUAUUACGGCCCUUAUUAUCCUCAGGCAAAUCAACAAGGCUAUGGAUUUUCGCAGUUGCAGAACAUUAAUAAAUACCCUCAAUAUUAUGGGCUUUAUAAACCACAAACAAAUUUAAUUCCUGAACAGAACAAUGGCUUUCUUUACCCAAAUUCAAAAAUUGGUUACGAUCAUCUCCAAAAAUAUGGAAAGAAUUAUCCGUACAAUAAAAAGUACGGCAUAAAAUAUAUAAGCUUUAAUGAUAAAGAUGGAAAUUCUGAAAAUGAAAUACAAAAACGUAUUCAAAACAAACCAAUCCAUUACUCUAGUCAUACUGAAGAUACCAGAGUAGAUCAGGAAUUUAUAUUUCCAGAGAGUAGCAGUUACAACGAGGAUGAUAAUAAUAAUAAUAGGGAUAGUAAAACUUUGAAAUUUCCUGAUGACAAUAACAAUUCAUAUUUUAAUAAUAUUAACAACAAGAAACAAGCCAAAGCCAUAGUAUUUCCUGAAUCUUAUAACCAAAACUUGAACGAAAAUAAUUAUUCAGUGAAAAUAAUCAAUGAACAUACAACUCAGCCAAAUUUUGAUAUUACAAAUGGCUUGUAUAUCAAAUAUUAUGAUUAUUAUCAUGGAAAUUCAGCUAAUUUUAAUAAGUACAAUAACUUUAAAGGUGAUGAUGAAGGUAUCCAAACUGUGUAUAUAGUGAGAGGAAAUGGGGAUCCGAAUAAUCCGGAAAUUGUUAAAAUUCGUCCAGGAGAAAAGGUUAAUUUAUAA